AUGUCUACCACUACCAAUACCAUUGUUACUCUCCGAUUACGUGGCGAUGGCGUAGAUAAAGUGAAAGAGUCAGUUAAAGAAUUUCAGGAAUAUUCAAAGUCUAGCUUUGAAAAAAAUGUUGAAGAGAUUCAAGAAGAACUAAAAGAUAAAGAUGUAGAUCAGCUAGAUGACUAUAUCAAUGAAAAAUUUGAUGAUUUAAAUCAAGGUUUUAUUAAUUAUUCGAAUAUUACUCGAGAAUACGUUCGUAGCUUGGCACCUAAAAGGUCUGAUUAUCUUAGUGAAGAAGAUUUUAAAAAAGCCAAAGAAGAGUACCAGAACUUCAUUGCUUGGGUGACUGGGGUAAUUCAAAAACUCUCCGAAUGGCUCAAAGACCUCUUUGAAAAGAUAUUGAGUUUCUUCAAAAGUUUGUGGAAUUGGAUCAAGGCUCACGUGCAGAACGUGGCUAAAAAGUAUACUUUAUAUUUAAAUAUAAACUGUUUACUUAAUUUCUCUCCCAUUUAUAACAAAACAUUUAUUAUUUACUAG